CACAUCAUGCAUGCAGGCUGGACGUCAACAUGUACUUCAUGUGCCUUAGAUUUAAAGUAAACUGUUUAUUGACUGACUUAGUUUCAUAUUUCUGAUAGCUGACAUUUAGCUGAACUAAUGGCCGACUUCAUAAAUGAGGAGAAUGAAGGAGAUCUUCAGGAUCAAAUGGAAGAGGUCGAGGCUCUGUCUUCCAUCUAUGGAGACGAGUGGUGCGUCAUAGAUGAAGCGUCCAGAAUAUUUUGCAUCAAAAUAUCCGAUGACUUGGAGGAGUCAAAACUGACAGCAUGUUUGCAGAUAAUUCUCCCACCUGAUUAUCCGAGCGCCGCUCCGCCCAUCUACCAGAUGAAUGCAGCGUGGCUGCGAGGCCCUGAGAGGGCCAAAUUGGCCAGCAGCCUGGAAGACCUCUACGUGGAGCAUGUGGGGGAGAGCAUCCUGUACCUGUGGGUGGAAAGAAUUCGAGAAUUCCUCGUGGAGAAAUCCCGGAGCUCAGGAACAGUGGAUCCUUCAGAGAAGGUGAACAUGACGGCUGAAGAGGAAGUGGACGAUGAAGAUGAUGAAGACGUACCAGACUUCAGGACUCUCAAGCUCAACACAGAAAAUGUACAUCUUUUCAUGGAUCAUGCAAACGAUGAAGAGGCUCCUCCCAUAAAACAUGGAAACACCAUCACAGACCGACGCAGCACCUUCCAGCCUCACUUAGCACCUGUGGUGACUCCCAGACAGGUUAAAAUGCUCCUGGGGAAGCUGUAUGAGAACAAGAAGAUUGCCAGUGCCACUCAUAAUAUUUAUGCAUACAGGAUUUACUGCGAGGAUAAGAACAGCUUCCUGCAGGACUGUGAGGACGACGGAGAGACAGCCGCGGGGGGGAGGCUGCUCCACUUACUGCAGAUUCUGGACGUGCGUAAUGUCGCGGUGGUCGUGUCCCGAUGGUACGGAGGUAUCCUUUUGGGUCCGGACCGCUUCAAACACAUCAACAACUGUGCUAGAAACAUCCUGGUUGAGGAGGGAUACACUGCCUCCACGGAUGAAGCCGCCAAAUCUGGAGCGAAGACCAAAAGGCCAAAAAGCAAGAAGACAAAGUGAAUUUCAGAAGAGGAAAUAAAAGACGUUUGGCUCAAGAGGUUGUUUUUAGUGGAUUCUGAUGUGUCUUAAUAGAGACAAACAGGGGUUUCUUGCAAUUGCAAAUCAUUUAUUCAAGACUACGACAGCAUUCAGUGCUGCAGGAAUGAGUCCUAAAACCCCGACAUUGCAUUUUUGCAGUUCUGGUUCCCUCGUCUCAAGUCAUGUGGUUUUAUGAAUGUGGUUUUGGUUACAUGCCUGAAAUAAGGUCUGUGGUUAACACCUGCUUAAGAGAUUUUAACUACGACAUAAAAUGAGUCAGUGAAUACCUCUCUCGUGAAUUUAAGCUUUUACUACUACUGCUAACAAGUAGUUAAAUGAGAUGACUAGACGUUAUCACGGCAAACACUAGUCCCACUUUAGCUUAGUGGUGGUCAUGUGAAGUCAUGUGACCGUGGUGAAUUAUUAGAUCCAAGUCCAAAAGGUCCCACCACCUCUCCGACAUAGAAGCAAGACACACAGACUUGACAGCUGUUUAGCCUCUUUUUGUAGUUGUUUUGAGUCUCUUUGUAGUUAUUUUGA